UUGUGGAUAGGCGAUUCACGGGUAACUAACUAACUAAUAAAUAACUAGUUAGUUAUGAAUCAACGAGAUUUAUAGUUACCCCAUUAUUGCCUACAUAACACUGAAAAUCCAUGGCCAUUUGAGGUUGAGAGGGGGAUAGUGUGAGAAUACAUCCUUAUCCCCGGCUUAAAUCCUCGAGGCAUCUGAGGGGUUCAUGAAAUAUCCCCGCCUUCAAACAGCGAAAUUGUGGAUUUUCCCUGCCAUCCUUGACUCCUUUGACUCCUGGGCAGUUGGAGUGCAGAGCUGUGCUGUGCUGUGCUGUGCUGGCCAUUCAUUCUCUACAUGUUCAGGCAUCCCAUCCAUUUGGCCUUAAUAAUAAUAAUGCAAUAUAAUGCGUGGCAUCAACCCCUCCUAUCCCCUCCUCUCCUCUUCCAACCUCCUCUCCCUCCUCCUCAUCGCACUCAUCCAAGGGCUGAAUUACAACAUUCCUUCUGACAGUCCUCUGUCUCUUUUCGAACCUGAUAUCGAACCUCGGUUGAAACACCGUUCAAUAUAUAUAUAUAUAUACAUAUACCGCUAAUAUGGGUGGCAUCGACUUUACCACGUUUCGCAACGUGAUCGGGGGCGAAUUAUGCUCCACUGCAGAAACCCGCCAUGGCAUCAAUCCAGCAACUGGAGAACCAAACCCAGCAGUGCCAGUUGCCACUCGCACCGAUGUCGACAAAGCUGUCGAGGCCGGAAUGGCUGCAUUCAAGACGUGGUCAAAAACCCCAUACGAGGAAAGAAAAAAGGCUAUCUUGGCUUUUGCAGAUGCCGUUGCUGAACAUUCCGAAGAACUCACCAAACUUCUUGUGAAAGAGCAGGGGAAGCCGGCCCCAUUUGCUGCCAUGGAUAUUCAGGGUGGAAUCGGCAGUUUGAGAGGCACCACCACCUUGGAGCUGAAGGAUGAAAUUAUCGAAGACAGCAACGACAGACAGGUGACUGUCCGCUACACUCCGUUAGGUGUAGUGGUUGGCAUUGUCCCAUGGAACUUCCCGGUCUUGCUCUGCAUGAUGAAAAUUGGACCCGCCCUCAUUACUGGGAAUACCAUCAUUGUUAAGCCAUCGCCAUUCACCCCCUAUUGCGCGCUGAAGGUCGUCGAAAUCGGCCAGAAGUGCUUCCCUCCUGGUGUCCUCCAGGUGCUGAGCGGUGAUGAUAACCUGGGGCCCUGGUUGACCGCCCACCCUGGACCAGCAAAGAUUAGUUUCACCGGUUCAUCCGCGACAGGGAAGAAGGUCAUGGAAAGUGCGAGCAAGACAUUGAAGCGGAUUACUCUUGAACUAGGCGGGAAUGACCCUGCAAUUGUCUGCGCUGAUAUCGAUAUUGAAGUCGUGGCUGCGAAGGUCGCAAUGGCUGCAUUCUUUAAUUCAGGCCAGGUUUGCAUCGCAGCCAAACGAAUUUUCGUCCACGAGUCCAUUUAUGAGAAAUUCCGUGCAGCAAUCGGUGCCGCUACUGCGAAGCUCGUUGUAGGCGAGGGUAACGAGGAAGGUGUGAUGAUCGGCCCCAUCCAGAAUUCCAUGCAGUACGAGAAAGUCAAAGGAUUCUUCGCCGAGAUUGAAAAGGAAAAAUUGAACGUUGUGACGGGCGGAAACGCCGAGAUCCGGAAGCCUGGGUACUUCAUCCAGCCCACUAUCAUCGACGCGCCACCUGCUGAGUCGAGGAUUGUUACUGAAGAGCCAUUCGGCCCAAUCGUGCCCCUCAUUCCCUGGAAAGAUGAAGCAGCGGUGAUCGAAGCCGCCAACGACACCAAGAUGGGCCUGGGCUCCACCAUCUGGUCCAACGACCUGGUCCAGGCACGCCGUAUCGGUGAACAGAUCGAAGCGGGCAUGGUAUGGAUCAACACGCACAUGGAGGCCAGCCCUGGCGCGACAUUUGGAGGCCACAAGGAGAGCGGUAUCGGGUAUGAGGGUGGUGUUGGUGGCUUGAAGAGCUACUGUAAUGCGCAGUCGAUGUAUAUUAAGAAGACGAAGUUGUAAAGGAAGGGAGGGGGGGGGGGGUGGUGGUACCUGGGGCAGUGGGGGAGGGAGGGGUUAAAUAGUGUGUUUAUUUGUUAUUGUCGUGAUGAUUGUUAUUAUUAUGAUGAUGAGGAUGAUGAGAUGGUUGUUUUAUUGCUAGAGGAAGAUAUACAGCUGCGAUAGCCGAUGAAACCAUGUUAACCAUGAGCUGUGAAUAUAGUUUUCAAAACCAUACGCUUACUCCUAUACCUCAUCCCCAUCCUCAUCAUUUACAUCCGCAGGCAUGUACUCGGGAACGGACUAUAAAUAAUUAAAAUGUGGCGCACGCGCAGCAGGAUAAAUGAAAUGGAUAAGGGCAGGGGAACUUGGGAACUUGGUCGAGCUGUAUACCUACCUACCGAGCAGAUGACCGUGCGUGAGUGGGUGAUCGGGGUGAUCGCGAUCGGCCAAGUCGUCCAUCCUUCGUAGUACGGAGUAAAUAGUCUCGCGAUCCUCUGAACCCUUUCUCCCCCCUAAACCCAUCACAUCUCUAUCCAGCUACAUUUCCAAGCACCGGCUCAAAGCCCAUCUCCGCAUCCACUCAGACCCAACGAUUUCCAUCGCAGCGAGUCUCUCACUCGGCCUACAAGCCAACAUGCCCCUGAACAUAGCAAGCAGGGCGCUCUUCCCGGCUUCUCCCACGCUCUCCAUUGCACUUUCACCCCGUGGGUUCAUCAUGUAUGGAAUCAACGAAGCGAUAAACCAACGGUCUGCCUCUGCCCCCGCAGACUCUCUCUUACUUAGUCUCUUCCGCAAACCAUCUUUGCCCUGCAUCCCAUUCCUGCCACUAGUCGCACGGUAGCUUGCCCAGUCAGUGCAUCCACGUUGCGCUUUUAUCAUCCAGUCGUCGGACGGACUGAAACCCUCAAACGGUGGCCUCUGUCCAAUGAUAUCCCAGAGAGCACACGCGAGAGUCCAGAUGUCAGCGGGGAAUGACAGGGGUCCAUGAAAAUAGGUCACCGGAGGGGGCCAAGGAUACCGGGGGCAUUGGAAUAGUGGCGCUGAGUAUUAUUAGUAGACGGCAGAAACGACUCCCCCAAAGUCAGUGACGAAAAUCCUAGCCUCAAAGAGGGUGGGCGACAAGCUCGCUUUCUUUCCCUAACCAAAAUGGGUAGGUACAACACCGUGAGUAGGAACUCCAUUUCGGAGAGGGGCUUGCCACCAAGGCGCACGAAUGGUUCGACAUUUGGCUGGUCGUAUUUUCGGUAUAAUUCCUCUGGGGAAACGCUCGUCUAUGCUUUUCGGCAAGUGAAACAUUAUUUAUGUUCCCUAAAAACCCCGUUAAUAAUAAGGGAGGAACACCUAUAUAAAAGCCUGCGAGAUAAAAUAUUCCACAUAAUUUAAUAUACAUACCGGCAUGGACCACCCCUCGGCGAUGUAGGAAAGCGAUAGCUUGUAUGACUUGGGCCGCAAUGACCCUAGCCACAGACGUCCUGAAAAGCCUCGUAUAUGAUGCAUCUUUCGUCUCAGCCAGGGUCAUCAUUCUCGGCUCUGUAACAAAGGCAACGGUGCCUUCCAUGAGGCCCGUCAUGGGCAAACGUAUCUAGCACUCGAGGCAUCAGAGCCUCUCUAGACUGUCCGGCCCCGUCGCUUGGUUCUGAUGAGAGUGCUAGGGUGUCGAGGAUUUUAGUCCCCGGCAUAUCUGUGGCGGCAAUGGCAAUUUUUAUAGCCCCGUACUUGUACUUGUACAGUACUUGUCCACGUUCAUAUCUCUUGCCAGCCAGGUUGUGGAGUACGUGCCAAAGCCGCGCUGGUGAAACACAUCGGUAACGACCACUGAGACAGUCGCCGAUGGAUAUGGGGUGAUACUCCGCCAGGGCGAUAACGGCCAGGCUUGUUCAACCGGACCACAUGUUUGGGGGAUGCGUGGGGAAUUGGUAGCGUCCGUUCUACGAUGAGUGGUGGGGAUGGAUAUUGCUUCCAUAGGCUGGCGAAAUUAGGCGUGAAAAACAACUGGUCGGAUACGGCGCAGUGACAACUGGAGGCCAUAAAUCGUAUAAAGACUUCAUGACAAAACAGCAUAUCAACAAAAUGAUGAACCAAGGAGGCAGAGGUGUGGGAGAUCUUCCACGGUUGCUUUCACAUCCGUUGAUGUUCGCAUCGUUCGUUCUGAAGUUAACUAGUUAACUACCUUUGCUAAAGAAACCAACGUCUUAAGUGCAUUGGGCGCUCAGGCAACUUAUGAGCCUCAAUUGUGUUUUGCAUCCCAUUCAUCUGUUAUGCCCGGUGAAGGGUGAGCGAAUCGCCUUUCAAGGGAAUGGAUAAAUUCUUCAUGGCAUAGCUAGACCCGCGCAGUUAAAUACAGCCUAUUGGUAGGUUAACUACUCUGUAAUGAGGAUGGCAUGGCAGAGAGUAGGAACCGCGCGUAAUUAGUAAUGUACUGUAUUAAUGAAUUGCCACGCUGGCUAUCUGUCCUGUCCCUGUGAGUAGGUAGGGAACCAUAGUUCUUCUGAAACACGAAAGCAUCGAGAGAUUAGGUUGAAUGAUAGAUAGUUCCCUCUUCGUCUGUUUGAAAACGUUUGGGCUUUUUCAUUUUGUUUAUUGGCACACCCCCUUAACUACCAUCAUGACCGGCGGGAGCGAAUUAAACAUCGGCAUUGAGCUAUAUAUUAAAUCCUAAUGCGGACAUGAUACGAGAAAAUAUGCGAUGGACGAUUAGCUCACAUGGGCAGGGAGGGGGCCAAGGUACUGCAACUUGCAUACAUCAAGAAUGGUUAGCCCACACCUAACUCCCGGUUUGUACUGGGCCUGGGACUACAUGAUUAACUUCCUCGGGUCCCGUCCAUGCGUAAGGUAGUAAUUUGAAGAUGUCGGUUGGCGGGCACUAGACACUAGUACGCGGAAGCAGUCUCGUAUAACUUUGCCCAGGG